UCUCAAAACAUUAUACUCUCUUUCUUUAUCGGGUAGCUCUGCAAAACUCAAGCGCGCCGUGACGGGGGAUGAUCGGAGGCAGAUCAUCAUGGAAACUGCAUUUAACGGUGCAGAAUAACAUCCCCGUGCUUUGGACAUGCAUUUCUUUCUUGUGUAAUGAGAAUAGACGGACCCUUCAAGAACUUUACACCACCAGCGCCACUGCAACUUCCAACUCUAAAAGCAGCAUUUUGUCACGCAGCAGAUUUUCCUCUUUAUCUGAAAAGAAAGAUGAUUCAGUCGCUUGUCUCAGUUUUAGUUCAACCUACGAUUAUAAUGUACGGAUGGGGGAACUGGGUCGUCGGGGAAACGUCAGUGCAGCAUGCAAACUGUUCGAAAGCAUGCCGGAACGAGACAAGGUGUCUUAUGCUUCCAUGAUCAGUAUUUAUCUCAAGAACGAGGAGUUUCAGAAAGCUGAGAGGCUUUACUAUGAAAUUCCUGAUGGUAUGAGUAGCAUUGUGGCGGACUCUGCUAUGGUGCAUGCAUAUGCUAAGGUUGGUAGAAUGGAUAGAGCGAGGGAGAUAUUUGAUGAAAUGCCCGAGAGGAAUGCAUUUUCUUGGACUAGUUUGAUCUCAGGAUAUUUUAAACUAGGGAGAGUUGGCGAGGCUCUUAAGCUUUUUGGGGAAAUGCCUGAAAGCCAAAAAAAUGAGAUUACAUGGACUAAUGUGGUUUUGGGUUUAGGACGAAAUGGAUUGAUUGAUGAAGCGCGAAGUGCUUUUGAUCUGAUGCCUGUGAAAAAUGUCGUUGCAUGGACAUCGAUGAUCAAGGCUUAUGUUGAGAAUGAUCUGGUUGAUGAGGCACUCAAACUCUUUCAUGAGAUGCCACAGUAUAAUUUGUACUCUUGGAACAUUAUUAUUUAUGGGCUUUUGGAUGAGAGUAGAGUAAAUGAAGCUAAGGAACUAUUUGAUUCGAUGCCUUGGAGGAAUACUGUUUCUUGGACUACUAUGGUCACAGGUCUUGCUAGAAACGGGAUGGUUGAAUUAGCAAGGAGAUACUUUGAUCAAAUGCCAAAUAAGGAUGUUUCAGCAUGGAAUGCAAUGAUCACAGCUUAUACUGAUGUAGGUCGAAUGGGUGAGGCAAGUGAGCUUUUUAAGUUAAUGUCUGGUAGAAAUAUCGUGACUUGGAAUGCUAUGAUUGAUGGGUAUGCGAAAGAUCGGCAAGAGGAUGAAGCCUUUAGGCACUUUAUUUGGAUGCUUCAUAGCUGCAUUAGGCCAAAUGAGACAAGUCUUACUAGUGUACUAACUUCAUGCAGAGGUAUGGUUGGGGUGUUACAAGUUCAUGGGCUUGUUGUGCAUCUUGGUUUUGAGAAAGAAAGAGCAAUGGCUAAUACACUGAUUACCAUGUAUUACAGAAGUGGUGAUGUUACCUCUGCUCGGACUGCAUUUGACAGUCUUGAGGCAAAGGAUGUUGUAACAUGGACUGCAAUGAUAUUGGCAUAUUCUAAUCAUGGAUUUGGUUUACAGGCACUGCAGGCAUUUGCUAAGAUGUUACGAUCAGGACACACACCGGAUGAGAUUACUCUAGUAGGAGUCUUGUCGGCAUGUAGUCAUGCUGGCCUUGUCAAGAAAGGUCAAAUGAUUUUUGACUCCAUGACGACUUAUGGUUUAGAACCUAUGCCAGAGCACUACUCUUGCCUUGUUGACAUCCUAGGACGAGCUGGGCUGGUGAAUGAAGCCAUGAAAGUUGUACGUGAGAUGCCUCCAGACAAAUAUGAUGGUGCAGUUCUUGGGGCAUUGCUUGGAGCUUGUAGGUUGCAUGGAAAUGAGGGGCUGGUUGAUCAUAUAGGUGAUGAGCUAAUAGCGCUUGAGCCAGCUAGCUCUGGUGGAUAUGUGCUAUUGGCAAAUGUUUAUGCCGCAUCUGGAAAGUGGGAUAAGUUUUCAGAAUUAAGAAAGAAAAUGAAGGAAAGGGAAGUGAAAAAAGUGCCUGGUUUCAGUCAAAUUGAAGUUAACGGCAAGAGUCACGUAUUUCUGGUGGGUGACAGAUCUCAUUCUGAAAUGAAGGAGAUUUACAUGUUGCUGCAUGAGAAACUUCUUCCUCAGAUGCAAGAUAUUGGUCACGAAAUUGCAAAUAUCCCUGCAGUAUUAUAGUUUGAGAAUGGAUCAGUCAGUUUUUUAUCUUCAAUCAUCUUCUAAACCUCACUGAAGAUAAGUAGCAUUUGAGAGGUAACAAGAACAUAGAUUGGUAGUGGUGAUGCAUCUGAAGUUUAGGUGAUCAGCACAAGAACCAUGGGGGUUCAUGCAUUUUUGUCUCUCAAUGAGUAUCAAAGUAGGAUUUGAACAUCAAUCAGGUUGAUGAAUUGAAGAAGGUAGGUUGGUAGUGGGGAUGUAUCUGAAGUUUAGGUGAUUUUUGUUUUUCAAUGAGUAAGCAAGGGAGGAUUUGAACAUCAACCAGUAUGAUGAAUUGACCUUCGCUCCUAGAAACUGAGGCAGAGAAUAUUGGAGGCAUUACUUUCAAGUUUGAGAAACUUUAUGAAAGAGUUUUAAAAUCAUUUUCUUGAGGGAUAGAUGUUCAUGCAAGAUGUGAAGAUCCACGACAGCAUGAGCUAACCCCUUUAUGUCUGCAAUUAACAGGUUUAUGUGAUUUUGCUGGGAUAGGAUGAGUCCUGUACCAUCUUGCCCUCAGUAGAAGGAAGUCUCACCAGAAGCUGUUGGAGUCACAGAUCCUGCGGUGAAGGAAAUUAUAUCAGGCACAUAGAUAGCAGAGUAAGACGACUCUUAAGAAGUUAGGGGAGACGCCGCGUGGGGAGAAAGUAUCUCUAGCUGCGGCACUGCCAGAAAGUAUCUGGUGGCUGUAGAAUCCACUGGUCACCCUUGAAUUCUCCAUUAGCGGCUUAUAGAAUUGGAGAGCAAUCUGUCUCCCAGCUUCAGGCUUUCCGGCUGCUGGAAUCUUUGCAAAGGCAACUAUGAUCACUCAAGUGGAAUUUAAUCGAAGAACCUGUAAGUAUGCGGCAUAGGAUGCUUACACCAAGUUAACCAACAGCGAGCCUCUUUCUGGGUCCAGCAAUUGCACUUUCAUGGGAUGCUUACGGCUGGACUGGAGUGGUCCAACAUAUGUAUGUUCUUACUUCGCCUAAAUUGAUUUCUCAAGCCCAGUGGAUUCUUUUUAGUGAAAGCAUUUUCUCAUCA